AACGGAACCAAAAUAAAGAGAGCUCCGAGAUGGCACCGGUGAAAGUUGAAGUCCUCUUCGACGGCUUCUCGAGACUCGAAGCCGGCAAUCAGUUCAUGUCCUCGAACUGCACCUGUACCUUGGUUGUGGGCGAAACCGUGAAGAUGAUCGUGGAUACAAUGACAGCUUGGGAUGGAGACAGAAUCAAAGAGGCGCUCGACAGCCGAGGGAUCUCACCUGACGAGAUAACUCAUGCUGUGGCGACACACGGGCAUUCAGACCACAUAGGGAAUCUGAACCUAUUCCUAAAUGCUAAACACGUCGUUGGAACUUCGAUGAACUACAAGGACAACUAUUAUGACGUUUUACUGGACGGCAGUAGCCUCCGAGUAGCCGAAGGCAUCGAGAUCGUGCCGACGCCCGGACAUACGGCGUCGUGUGUAUCCGUCAUCGUUUCAAACACGGAAUCCGGAACUAUCGCGAUCACCGGCGAUCUCUUCGAAAAGAGAGAAGAUUCCGCCGAUCCGACCAUUUGGGAGGAGCUCGGCGGUUCGGAGAAACCAUUGAAACAAGCUGAGAAUAGGGUUAAGGUAUUGAGGAUCGCAGAUUACGUAGUUCCAGGACACGGUCCGAUGUUCAAAGUCACUGAGGAUAUACGCGAGAAAAAUCAUGCGCACAUGAUGGAGCUCCGAAGACAUUACCGGAAUGUAGGCGAAAGCGACGAAUCGGAAAAAGAAUGACUCCUCUGCGAUAUCUCCAAGAGACACGCUACCGUGAAGGAGAACCGUGACGUUCCGAAUCUCCGGAGUUCUCGCAUGAGCGUUCUCACCCAUUUGGUCACCAUUACGGAGCUUGCGGGCAGGGGAGCUUGAUGGAUUCUUGAGCCAAAUAAAUGAUCUCAAAUCGAGUCCCCUCACCGGACGGAUAGAUUUU